AUGUCAGUUACACCCCUCUCCGCCUUCGCCUCCACCACGAGUUCCACCACUUCCAACGCUGCAAGUCCACCAACGGCGGUCGCAAGUCCACCCACCGUUACAAGCCCACCAACUUCCGCCACUACCAGUCCACCCACCGUUACAAGCCCACUCACUACCGCCGCCAUCACCCCACUGCAAGUCCACCCACCGUUACGAGCCCACCCACUACCACCGCCAUCACCCCACCGCAAGUCCACCCACUGUUACAAGCCCACCCACUACCGCCGCCAUCACCCCACCACAAGUCCACCCACCGUUACAAGCCCACCCACUACCACCGCCAUCACCCCACCGCAAGUCCACCCACCGUUACAAGCCCACCCACUACCACCCCACCGUUACAAGCCCACCCACCGUUACAAGCCACCGCUACCACCGCCAUCACAAGUCCACCCACCGUUACAAGCCCACCCACUACCACCGCCAUCACCCCACCGCAAGUCCACCCACCGUUACAAGCCCACCCACUACCACCGCCAUCACCCCACCGCAAGUCCACCCACCGUUACAAGCCCACCCACUACCACCGCCAUCACCCCACCGCAAGUCCACCCACCCACCGUUACAAGCCCACCCACUACCACCGCCAUCACCCCACUGCAAGUCCACCCACCGUUACAAGCCCCACCCACUACCACCGCCAUCACCCCACUGCAAGUCCACCCACCCAGUUACAAGCCCACCCACUACCACCGCCAUCACCCCACCACAAGUCCACCCACCGUUACAAGCCCACCCACUACCACCGCCAUCACCCCACCACAAGUCCACCCACCGUUACAAGCCCACCUACUACCACCGCCAUCACCCCACCGCAAGUCCACCCACCGUUACAAGCCCACCCACUACCAGCGCGUCCACCCACCGUUACAAGCCCACCCGCUACCGCCGCCAUCACAAGCCACCACCCCACCGCAAGUCCAUCCACUGUAUAAAAGCCCACCCAUUACCUAUUUUCAACGGGUUUGCAGCUAA